AUGACAAGAGGCAAACGCAAGGCCGAAGACGCAGCCACACAAUCGCCAGACAGCAGAUCGUCCAAGCGCAGAGCAGAUAGUGAUGAGGUCGACAUGCAUAGCGCGUCUGAGGAGGAAGAAGAAGACCUUGGACGCAUCGAGAGCCAGCAAAUGCUGUUGAUGGCUGGCAACCUCAAGUACAGGGACGACGGCUGGAUUCACGAGAUGCAUGCCAAAGUGACCAAGGACGAAGAGGAUCUCAAUCAAGCACUUGACACAAAAGAGCGCGAGCUAGAAGAUCUUGACUCAAAAUUCCACAACGAUAUCCGUACUCUGCUUACUGACGUCCUCAGCGGACCCCUUGAGAAGCAAAGAAAGGGCAACUCUGCGCAAGACACCUUCUAUCUCAGACCCUCACACGAGCACGCCCAACUCUUGAUCACCAAAUCCGAGAACCUCCUCACGCAAUACAAAGUAAUUGUCGAUUGCUUCGACUCAGGCAGAGAACAAUUGACCACCGACCAUCUCGAGACUUUUGAGAAGGACAAGAACGAUGUGGCUGAGAUGCUGCAUGCUGGUCAAGAACUUGCUCGCCGCCAAAUUCAACAGAUCUUGAAGCGGCCAGAUGACCAAGAACCUAGACGCAACAAGACUAAGCCUCCCUUCACCGACCAGAAACUGGAUGAUGUGGCUGCUAUGUUCAAGGUUCUGCGCGACGAGCCCAAAGAAGAUGACGAAGAUGUUGAGACCGAGCCGGAGGCCAGAAUUGACAUGACAGAAGGAGAUGGCCUCUUCCCAAUCAUCCACAACACCAAAAAAGGUGUCAAAAAGUUGGCCAGGCAUCUGCUUGCCGAAGAAGAAUGA